AUGUUGAGUGGUUAUUUGAAACCACAGCCACCUGAUGUGUCAGCAGAAUUUUUUCAACCCCACUUGCAAAUGGUAGUGUGGAUCUCAGCUCGUAUGACUAUAUCUAUGAAACCAAGCUUGCAUAAGUCAAAAUUCAUUGUUGAAGAAAGUGAAAUAGAUACUGUGUUGUCACCCCAUAGUUUCACCAGAGGUGUACAGGGAGACAAACCAAGUGGCAAACAUCAAAUUAUUGUCAAAAAUCAAAAGCAACUGGAAGUUGAUUUGGCAUUGGGGUAUCAAUCAUUUCAUGAAGAACAGCCUCCCAGAUCAUCCAAUGGAGAAAAGACACAAGGAACACAGCUUUCUUUUGGGAAAAGGCUUAAAACACAUGUACCUGUUGGAUCCAUGAAGAAUCAUAGACAAUUCAACACAGUUGAAUUAGGAAAGACAAGUCAAAGCUCAAAAGUCCCGCUGAUAUUUAAGGAGUUGAGCUCUCAAGGUUCAACCGCUUCUGAACAAAAAAUAGGUGACGGAAAUCAUCUCCCAAAGGGAAUUCUGGGUGGUCAAGCUAGGACAAAGACGGAUUCAAUAAUAGUGUCUCAUAAACGUCAGAAGAUUAUAGAAAACCAAAAACAACAGGAAGAUGAUUGGGCCAGAGGAUUUCAAUCACUCAGAAGGAAUUUUCCCAAACAGACACCUAGAUUAUACAAUGCAGAAAAGGUGCAUAGAAGAUAUCAACCAACUGGACCAAACAUCAAGAUACCUGGACCCCUUAUCACAAUUGAUAAUGCUGAAACCGGCAUUGGAAGACCAAGUUCAAAAUGCCCUCUGAUUUCUGAAAUUUCUAGCUCUGAGGCUUCAACCUCCCACAUGAAGAAUGAGAGUGAAGGAAUGUGCACCCCAAACCCCUAUACUGUCAAUCAAGCUGGCAGUGGGACCAAAGAGGAUCAAAUGGCAGGCUCUGAUCAGUGUAAGAAGAUGAGAGAAAAUAAAAAGCAAAAGAAAGUCAAUGUGGACUUGGGCCAUCAAUCAAUUAAUAAGGUGUUUCCAAAACAGUCUGAUAGCUAUGAUGGAGAAAGGAUGUAUAGCAGAUAUAAAUCUAUUGGUUCAACAGUGAAAACACCUGCACCUGAUGGCACAAUGAAGAAUCAAGAACUCACCAGAUCUAAACCAGCAACGGCAGGGAUCAGUCCACAGGCUUCUGAGGUCUCAAGAUACAAAGCUUCAACAUCUCAUACACAAAGAAUGAAUGAUGGAAAAUGUGUCCCAAAGCAAAUUCCUCUCAAACAAACAAUGGCAGAACAAAAUCUAAGGAUAGGUACUAAGGAAUACAGUCCGGGAUUUUCACCUGAUCUCCUCCAGAAGACAUCCAAGUGUCUGAAAAAUAUUGCACCACAUGAUAAGGAAGAUCAGGAUCAAUACGUAUCUAAAGGCAAAGAGCAAUUGACUAGCAUUCCCAAGCUUAAGCCUACUUCUGCACAAAUGAUAAAAGGCAUUGAUAUACAAAGGUUUUACUUACACACUCCAGAUAAAAUGUGUUCAUCUGCUGCACUUUAUUACACACUAGACCUGAUCAAAACCAUGAAAAUCAAAUACCAAAUACCACAUCAGACAACAACAUAUCCUCCCUGGGAGGAAGGAAGACAGAUCAACAACGACCGAUCAUCGUUCCUAGAGCCGAAUUUUAGUUUCUUGUCUCAGUUUCUAAAUUCUUACAAAACCUAUCGUCGAUACCCCUCAAUCAUAGUAGCGACUAAAAACGAAGUUACCAGCGAUAAGUUAUCAUCUAAUAACAAUAAUAGUGAACGUUAUCGAGUGAUUCAACAACUUAGUGAAAAAGACAAGCAUAUUGAAGUAUCGACUAUUAAUAUGAAUCUAGAGAAUUUAGAUCAAGUCCUACCUUCUUUAACUCAAGAAGAAUCGGACGACGAACUCAAGCAGGGUGAUCGAGAGUUGUCAGUUGCCACUGACUUUCGAGCAUUUUCAGUUGUCAACACCCCGAAACACCCCAACAGUCCUAGUCAAUCAGAAAGGACAACUACACCAGACCGAUUUCAAUCUUUAGCACCAGAAGGAGGUUCUGACAAUCUAGUUAGAAAACAAAAAGGAGAUUUUGUCUAUUGGGUAAGAAGAUCCGACUCAAUAGAAAUUGAAGUUAAAACAAUGUUGAGAGAAUACUUGAGUGAGAGAAAUCGUGAGUUAAAAGGCAAAUCCAAAGCAAAAGUGAGUGAGCAUGAGAGUGAAGAUGAGAACGAGCAACAUGAGUCAAAGAUGAAUCAUUUAGUUCUAACAACCUUGCUUGAAGAUAUGAAUCAAAAAUUAUAUGAUUCAUUAUAUACAAAUAUGAGUAAUACAGUAGAAGAAAAGAUGAAUCAGUUGACAGAUGAAAUUUCAAAUCAUCAGGAUCAACAAUUGCAAUAUCAACAAAGGACAGAUGAUAAAUUAGAUCAGAUUCAUCAACUGUUGUUGAAUAUGAAUAAUCCACAAAUACCAGCAUCUGUGCAACAAGAGGCAACUUCAUCAGCAAACAGAGUAGGAACAUACUCCCAUAAGAGAAACUACAUUACCAAUUCCAGUGGUAAACAUACCACAGACGGAACCUAG